AUGUUGGCGACCCGGCUUGAAGUCAAAGACUACAUGGCCAUGCUUUUUACCGCCCUACGGAACAUCGCAGCAGCACCGCGGCGCCGAGCUCAGAGCCUAGAACCAUUCUCGGAUUGCACUGGUCCUUGCUCCCACUCAAAGAAGUCGACGGCCAUCGUCACCCACGGCGUCUUUGACGACUACUCUGCCUUCGGACGCCUCUCCCUCAGGAAGUACAGUUAUCGUGACGGCUUAGGAGGUUCGCAUUACAGAUCACCAUACACGGAGCCCGCUCAUAGGAAUGAUGAGGGUUAUCUCAGCACAGGUUCGUCUUCAGCUUCGGAUUCCACAAGACCUAACUACCACCUACCCAGCAUCUCGGCCGGGUUUGGUCUGCACCAUAACCAGUUCCAGCUCCAUUCCAGCACCGAAACCUUCUUUGAUAUGAAGAACAAGCGUGCGCUUGUGAAAAGAUUCGAUACUAAGGGGCCUGGCCCGCACCUUAAUGCGUCAAGCACAUCGUCAACUAGCGACACCUUCUUGAGGCUGUCCGGCGACAUUCCCGUCCCGCCACUUUCCGUGCCCACCAGUCUGCCGUUGCACUUCAAAAGAUCGAACUUCCUAGAUACGCAGACUCCCAGCUCUGCCCUCUCAGAGCCAGCCAUUGCAUCUCGGUCAGGAAUAUCACUCGCCGUCAGCUCAAGAAGGAACAACAGCGACAAUGCCUUACCGCACAACCACGAGGCGCAUGAGAUGGAGAUGAAGGAGAACAAUCCUGCGAAGAGAUUGCGGAUAGAGGACCCCAUGAGGGCGCACUACGAC